UUUAGUCAAGACUAUAGACAACAACCUUUGACCUGGAUCCCCUGAAAGGAGCGUUUGAAACCCGUUAUCGCUCUCUUUCGUACACAUUUCUGCAGUGAACCAGGAUGUCUGAGAACUGGGACGAGGCUGCAGUACCUGCUGAGGCCGAGGUGCCUGAGGUGCACCUGUUUGGCCGCUGGAGCUGUGAUGAAGUCUCUGUCAGCGACAUCAGCUUGACUGACUACAUCGCGGUCAAAGAGAAGUAUGCCAAGUACCUGCCCCACAGCGCCGGGCGCUACCAGGUCAAGCGGUUCCGCAAGGCCCAGUGUCCGGUGGUGGAGCGCCUGACCAGCUCCAUGAUGAUGCACGGCCGCAACAACGGCAAGAAGCUGCUGACGAUGCGCAUUGUCAAGCACGCCUUUGAGAUCAUCCACCUGCUGACAGGCGAGAACCCACUGCAGGUGCUGGUCAAUGCCAUCAUUAACAGCGGCCCUCGGGAGGAUUCCACCCGCAUCGGCCGCGCCGGAACGGUGCGACGACAGGCUGUGGAUGUGUCUCCACUCAGAAGAGUUAACCAGGCAAUCUGGCUGCUGUGCACCGGGGCCCGCGAGGCGUCCUUCAGGAACAUCAAGACCAUCGCCGAGUGUCUGGCUGACGAGCUGAUCAACGCUGCCAAGGGGUCUUCCAACUCCUACGCCAUCAAGAAGAAGGACGAGCUGGAACGUGUCGCCAAGUCCAACCGUUAAAAUGGGGGCUAGGAAUACCACCCACUUUACCUACCUGGUGAUGAUUCAAACCGUUUCCCAGAUCUGCACAGAUUUCUUUCCUGAAAUCACUAAGAAAAUGUCAUUUUUUGCCCAUCCUGUCAGCGAGGGCCAGUCACGCCAAGAUACCGUCGAUCAGCAUAAAUCUGUUUCUCUGUUCUAAGGCAUCACAUUGUUAUGUCGUAUAUUAAAGUGCUUUGACCAUCUUGGUUGCAGUUAUGCAUUGGCCACAAAGACAAAGCAGUGGAAGAAUAAACUUGUACAACUUUGGAAAGCUGUGAAAAGCUGUUCAUUGUCAA